CCGCUGCAGGGGGACUUCACCAUGACCAACAACGGGCACUCGGUCCAGAUUGAUUUGCCACCCACCCUGUCCAUCUCCCGUGGGCUCCCGCGCCCCUACACCGCAGUGCAGAUGCACCUGCACUGGGGAGGCCUGGACCUGGAGACCAGCGGCUCCGAGCACACGCUGGAUGGGAUGAGAUAUGUGGCAGAGCUGCACAUCGUCCAUUACAACUCUGCAGACUACUCAAGCUUUGAAGAAGCCAAAGACAAACCCAAUGGACUGGCGGUGCUUGCCUUCUUGUAUGUGGAAGGACACCUGGAGAAUACCUACUACAGUGAAUUCAUUUCCAAAUUGGCAAAAAUCAGGUUUGCAGGUCAGUCAACCAAGCUCACCUCUCUGGACGUCCAAGCCAUGCUGCCAGAAAACCUCUCACACUUCUACAGGUACCAGGGCUCGCUCACAACCCCACCCUGCUCUGAGAGUGUCACCUGGACCGUUUUCGACUCUCCUAUCAUCCUGUCACAUGCACAGAUCGGCCUGCUGGAGAACACCUUGCUGGACUGGCACAACAGGACGCUGCGCAACGACUACCGGCACGCACAGCCCCUGCACGGCCGCGUGGUGGAGGCCUCCUUCCAAGCCAGGCCCAGACAAGAACAAUGCCAGCCAGAAGAACUCAGCCUCAAACUGGAACAAAUCCACGCACAGCUCCGAGACAUGAAGAAAGAGUUCCUGAAUGGAGUGAGCCACACAGGUAUUACAUCCAGCACUUUCCCAGCUUUCUACUUCCCCAUGGAAAACAUUGAGAGCUUUGUGGAGGUUCGUCCCAGCCAUGAGAUGUCUCUCCAAGCCUUCACCCUGUGCUUCUGGACACAAGCCCAGCACGUGGGCACUCAGACUGUUCUCUCCUACUCCACACGGGAGAGGGACAACGAGCUGGUGAUGACCAUAGGCACAGACGUGGGAUUGUGGAUAGGAGGCCAUUUUGUCAGAUUCCCCCUCUACCACAAGGCACAGGACUGGCUGCAUUACUGCAUGGCGUGGGCUUCCCAGUCUGGAAUAGCAAGUCUAUGGCUCAAUGGAGCUGCUGGUGAUGCAAAGAGCAUCCAGAAAGGCUAUGUGAGCCAGGCUGGAGGGAUGCUUGUCCUUGGGAAGGACAGGGACACUCUUCUUGGGACGUUCUCCAAUGGGUUUGCAGGGUGGAUGACGCAUGUGAACCUGUGGAGCCAAGUCCUCAGCCCUGCAGACAUUCGGUCACUUGCACAGUGCAAAGCAGGAAAGCUGAAGGGAGAUGUCAUUGCAUGGGGGGAAACCCCCAUGACCCUCUUUGGGGGGGUGGUGCUGGAGGCUGACACCAGCUGUCAGUGA